AACAACAACAACAAUUCUCAGGUAUCCUGCUCGCAUCGAUGAUGGUUAUGUUUAUUCUAAAGUUUGCAAGAAACACUUUAGUACAGAAAUUACUAACUGCUAAUGGUUUAAGACUCUUCAAUGACCAUUCUAAAUGCUUAUUGUUCCCAUUAAUGCACUUUAAAUCAAUUCCUGGUGCAUCCAGAGCAAUAUCUACAUCAAAUAGAAGAGAGGAUAUAGCUAAAUCCAAAACUCCACCAAACCAGAAGUUUAUUGCCUUUAAUGAAAAAGUUAACAGUGAAGAAAAUGAUUUUACAAUGACAUUUGCUGAAUGGGAAAAGCUUGAACAAGACAUUUUAGAAGAAUCUGCAGGGUUUGCUAGUUACAUUGAUUAUUCUAUCAUGAAAUCAUUGAGCCGUAAACCUGAUUUAAGUGUCUCAUACUAUAAUUUUAUAAAGUCUAAAAGAGAACCAAACAUAUCAACAAUGGUUGAAUUAAUUGUCAAUUGUGCAGGAAAAUAUGAUGAUCUUGUAUUUGAGGUGUUGGAAAAAAUAAAGAAUACCUAUGAUCCAGUGUAUUUUGAAGUAAUUGGAUCUAAAGUUGCAUUUGGUAUUUCCAAAACAAAGAAAUAUACUUUGGCAGUUGAUUAUUUAGAUUAUGUAUGCAUGGACUCUGAGAUACCUGGUUUUGCAAUUAAGACAUUAGUUCAGAUUUUUAAAACAUCUUUAAAACGCCAGGAUUACAAGACAUUCUGUGAAGUAUUCAAUAAAUACCUCCCUUUGUUGAGAAAGCAGCACAUACCUGAAAUGCAAACAUUUUCACGAACAUUUUUUGAAUGUUGGAAGGAUGGUGUGAUUCCUGCUGAUCUACUAUUUGAGAUACUGAAACUAGAAGAGUUACCUUUGGAAGAAGAUCUAGCAAACCAGUUAGAGACAUACUGUAAUAGUGAGUGGGCACAUUGUGAAAAUGCAAAACCAUCAAGAAUUCAGGCAAAAAGACGUAUGUGUUAUUUCUGUAAUGAAAUAAUUCCUGUUACUGAAGCAAUAGACGAGGCAGUCAUGAUAAAGAUGUUUCAAGAGGUUCUUGCGAAGAUGUUGAAAGAGAAUAACUUUACAAUAUCCAACACAUCUCAUGAAUUACAGAAGCUCCGUCGCAUUAUAAAGAAACAGGAGCAGCCAUUUGAUUAUGUAAUUGAUGCGGCAAAUGUAGGACCUUUUCAUUUGAAUCCUAUACUGAAGAAACUUAAAAACAGAGGAAAACAUGUCUUGGUGAUAUGUAAAAAUAAAAUGCAUACAUUGGACAAAGAACUUGGAAUAUUUUUGAUCUUGAAAAAAUGGACACAUGAUGAUAUUUACAUGCUGCUGGCAUCUUUUUUGUCCGGCUGGAACUGUUACCUGGUGACUAAUGAUGACUUUUCUGAUCAUAUUAUGAAAGCUGAUCGAGCAUUGAGGCCAUACUUUUAUUUAUGGAGAGAUAAAAGAAGAGUGUUUCAUGUUCAAGACAAACUUCUGCAUCCACCAGAAUAUAAAUGGACAGCACACGAGUCAAAUACAGCUUGGCAUAUACCAUAUUUAAAAGAGGUUCAGAUUGUUGAAGAAAACAAGGAAGUCAGUACACUUUUACAACAAUUUAAUGCACAGAUGUUCUUAUGUGUGACGAAAUCCAACUAUGUUCCUUCACCAGAGUUAUUAUUGUUAAGGCAGACAUUCAAAUCAUUUCAGGAACAAAGUAAAAAACUGUCAGAUUCUAAUGAUAACUUUUCAAAACUAUUUUGAGGACAAUAAUGAUAGUUUGAGGACAAUAAUGAUAAAUCUUCAGACUGCCAUGAUGAAACCUGGAGAAAUGCUUCGAGGACAAUAAUGAAAACUCUUCAGACUACUACGAUAAACCUAGAUAAAUGGAUUGAGGACAACAAUAAUAUAUCUUCAGACUGCCAUGAUGAAACCUGGAAACCUUGAUGAGCAAAAAGGGGUGGGGAGUUUUUGCAUAUUUUGAACUUUAUUUGGUUAUGAAGUGAAAAAGCAGUUUCUGUUUGCAAUGUGAAUCUGUUUAAGUUGGUAUACAUGUCGGGUAUCAAAAUAUGACUCCAAAUCAGAAGGGCACAUAAUCCCAAAUUUUAUUUUUGCAAGUCAUGCACCUAUUUUAUUUAUUUUUGUCUGCUAAUAUCAAUUUCCCAAAGACUGUCAAAGUUUAAAAGUUAUAUCACUUUAAAUUUGGAUUACUUGUUCUAUUUAAUUUGAAAUGCAUUUCUAAAAGGCAGAAUAUUUGCCUUUUCCUAAAAAAACUGUUAAAGAUAAAAAAAUUAUCAUUCAGAAUAUUUGCCUUUUCCUAAAAAACUGUUAGAUAUUAAAUUCAAACUUGAAGUAUUUGUUGACUGUCAAGGGCAAUUAAUUGUAAGGUACAGGAAAAUGGAAGGAACCUAAUAAGCUUUAAAAAAAAGUUGAUUAUAUGAAUGUAUAGAGAUUAAAUGAAUUUUGAACCUCAA